AGUGUGUGACGUGGUCACGGUCAGCCAAACAUUUUCUCGCCCUGCAAUCCGGCCGCUGCGGCUAUCCUGAAACUACAUCAUGUCGACCUCCCCACCCAAAGAGCCCGAUGUCGAACAAAGUGCACAGUCCGGUGAAGAGCAGGAUCAUAUGGAUCGCGAGCAAGAAGGAGCACAAGGCACUGGCCUCGGUGAAUUCGAAGUCAAAGAGCAAGACCGAUGGCUUCCCAUUGCAAAUGUUGCUCGAAUUAUGAAGACGGCUCUGCCGGACAACGCCAAAAUAGCCAAAGAAGCAAAAGAGUGCAUGCAAGAAUGCGUGAGCGAAUUCAUCAGCUUCAUCACGAGCGAGGCGUCCGAAAAGUGUCAACAGGAGAAGCGCAAGACGGUCAAUGGGGAGGACAUUCUAUUCGCCAUGACCUCGCUUGGGUUCGAGAACUAUGCCGAGGCUCUGAAGAUUUAUCUAUCCAAGUAUCGCGAAACCCAAUCCACAAGGGGCGAGAACCAGAACAGACCAACCAGCAGUGGCGGGUAUGGAGGCCCAGUCGGUGGCGGCAACCAGGGCAAUCCCGCCGCUGGUGCCUCAGGUUACGCCGGGCAACCCGAGAAUGCCAACGACAUAUUGAGCCAAGGAUUGAAUGCGGGCGAUCACGACGCAACCAGCGCGUACGGCUAUCCCGGCGCCGUGCCCACCGGCCACAAUGGCAUCUCCAGCGACAAUUAUUAGAUGUGGUGAGGAGACGUUCGAAGGCCAAGGUAGUCAUUGGCCAGCAGCGCACGAGAGUGCGACUUCUACCAGUUCCUCGAGCCAGGUCAGGCGGAGUUGUGGUUGGAAGGGAGGAGGUUUGAGUUCUAAUGCUGUAUACGAGGGAAGGGAUAGGAUGUGCACAUUUGGGUUCUUUGCAAGGGAUGAAGGCGGCUCUCUGAAUAUGGGCAUGGGCAAGUUCAUGCACGGCAUGGAUCUUCUGGACGGAACAACGGGACGAGUGAACAUUGAGGGGAAAUGCGGAAAGGAGGGAUAGAAGACUGAAUUCGAGGGCAUUGAUGUCAGAUGAAAGACGUCCUGAAGGUUGAAUCAUCAAUGCUGCGUUGUAUCAUAUUCGAACCAGUCUCGUUCCUCACUUCAGGCCAAGCCAUACCAAGACGAUUGUUACAUGCGCCCUUGAUAUACGUCGAUGUCUGUCUGUU